UUCUACGAUCCCGCCCCGUGAUCGCGGUGCACCUCGUAAAACAUGGCCUCAAUAUAUUUAUCAGUAGUGGCAGUUCUUUUCAUUUUUGCAUUAAUUCAGCUCAACGAAAGCGUGGAUGUGUCCAAGUUAAGAAGCGUUCGGUCAGUAAAUUCUCUCGCAAGAAACACGAACUGCGAACCUGGAAAACGCAUCGGUUGCGCAGAUUGUUCUUCGGUCCAGGUUUGCCUGAAGGAUGGUACCGGAAUCGAGUCAUCGAAGUACCGCUGCGAUUCUAUAAACGCUUCUCAGCCGUACUGUAACGGUAAUUCGGGCAUUUGCAGUGAUCAACCGGAAGGAGAUUGUGAUAAGCCAAGUGAGUUAUGCCCGGCGGAAGGAAUAUACCCUAAUCCCACCAACUGUAGGGAGUACAUAUACUGUGUCGGUGGCGGAAAAGCUUACGUUGUAUCGUGUGCACCCAGUGAAGUUUAUAAUCACACAUCUCAGAACUGUGUACGGGCGACUACGCCCAACAGCUGCUUUCAGCUGAAUUGUUCUGCCGCUCCUGCACAGAACCAAUGGUUCGUCUACACCCCAGCCCCGAAGCUGUACGUAUUUUGCUCUAGUUCCGCCGGUCCAAUGACAUUCGAGUGCUCCGGGUCUGACAGUUUCAAUCCAAGAACGAGAAAAUGUGAAUUCGUUUGUCGUGGUCAAGGCAGGUUCCCCGUUGAAGGCAAAGAUAACAGUUUCUAUCAAUGCACUUUAGGUGCAAAUAAUGUGCUUUCAUACACUAUUCAAGUAUGUCCGGGUAAUCUAAUCUUCGACGAAGAGCAUUCCAGGUGUUCUCCAAGACCACCAGCCACCAGUACAUCCCAAAAUACACCUGAAAACCAAAAUGAUGCGUGAUCAGAGUUUGAUUCUGCUCGAUAUUGAUACACGGAAAAUCAAAAAUAACAAGUGCUUUUCCUCUUUAAUAAACCCGCUGGCUGUAUAUUCUGAAUAUUAUUGUAAAAGCUUAAAGAAUUACAUAAUACCCAGCAUUUUCACCUAACUCAAAUAAAUGGAAUAAUGUGGCAAACAAA